UGGGCCGAGCUGCAAGUUCCAGCCUGCCCUGCAAUAGAGACAUUCAGCCCCCCGCUUCCCAGAGCGGAGCCGGGGCUGCUGCUACCUCGCGUGGGGCUGGGGCAGCGCAGGGAUCUUCCUGGCCCAGCCCCCGGGCGCCUGGGUCCCAAGUCGCCCCACUUCUCCCGCUGACAGCUGGAGGGAGAUUGCCCCGGCUGGGUGGUGCCAGGAUGGAGAAGGAGAAUCCUGCACAGGAAGAGCCUGAAGGAGCAGAGCUGCAUGGGAUGUCCCGGAGCACCGAGUGGGGAGAGGCCAGCAGGGCUGGACAGCAGCUGGGGACAGAGGCGAUGUCACCGAAGGAGAUGCACGUCAGGGUGGCGACAGAGCCCAGCCAAGCCCAGUGCAAGUUGCGCCCCUACAGCUGCUCAGACUGCGAGAAGAGCUUCCGACAAAGCUCCCACCUGGUCCAGCACCAGCGCAUCCACACGGGCCAGAAGCCCUACAAGUGCAGCGAGUGUGGGAAGAGCUUUGUUCUCAGCUACAACCUGAUCGAUCACCAGCGCAUCCACACUGGUGAGUGGCCCUACCAGUGUGGUCAGUGUGGGAAGAGCUUCAUCCGGAGCUCCCACCUCUUCCAGCACCAGCGCAUCCACACGGGCGAGCGGCCCUACCAGUGCACCGAGUGCGGGAAGAGCUUCAACCGCAAUUACACCCUGGUGAAGCAUUUCCGCACCCACAUCGGGGAGCAGCCCUUUAUCUGCAGUGAGUGCGGGAGGAGUUUCAGCCUGGGCUCCUUCGCCCAGCACGUCCGCACCCACACGGGCGAGAAGCCCUACAGCUGCGCUGAGUGCGGCAAAAGCUUCAGCAGCAGCUCCAACCUGAGCCAGCACCGGCGCAUCCACACCGGGGAGAAGCCCUACAGCUGCAACCACUGUGGGAAAAGCUUCAGCCAGAGCUCCAACCUCAUCAAGCACCGGCGCAUUCACACCGGGGAGAGGCCCUACAGCUGCCCCGAGUGCGGCAAGACCUUCAACCAGAGCUCCUCGCUCAUGCAGCACAGGCGCAUCCACCGCGGUGAGCGGCCCUACCAGUGCACCGAGUGCGGGAAGAGCUUCAACCGCAAUUACACCCUGGUGAAGCAUUUCCGCACCCACAUCGGGGAGCAGCCCUUUAUCUGCAGUGAGUGCGGGAGGAGUUUCAGCCUGGGCUCCUUCGCCCAGCACGUCCGCACCCACACGGGCGAGAAGCCCUACAGCUGCGCUGAGUGCGGCAAAAGCUUCAGCAGCAGCUCCAACCUGAGCCAGCACCGGCGCAUCCACACCGGGGAGAAGCCCUACAGCUGCAACCACUGUGGGAAAAGCUUCAGCCAGAGCUCCAACCUCAUCAAGCACCGGCGCAUUCACACCGGGGAGAGGCCCUACAGCUGCCCCGAGUGCGGCAAGACCUUCAACCAGAGCUCCUCGCUCAUGCAGCACAGGCGCAUCCACCGCGGUGAGCGGCCCUACCAGUGCACCGAGUGCGGGAAGCGCUUCAGCGUCAGCUCCCACCUUGUGGAGCACCGGCGGAUCCACCGCGGUGAAAAGCCUUACAAGUGCGUCGACUGCGGGAAGAGCUUUGGCUGCAACUCCUCCCUGAUGAAGCACCAGCGCAUCCACACUGGGGAGCGGCCCUACAAGUGCACCGAGUGCGGGAAGUGCUUCAUCGACAGCUCCAAGCUGAACAACCACCGGCGCACCCACUCCGGGGAGCGGCCCUACAAGUGCACGGACUGCGGGAAGGGCUUUGGAGACAGCUCCGCUCUCAUGAAGCACCAGAGAACGCACUCCAACCAAGCCCAGUGCAAGUUGCGCCCCUACAGCUGCUCAGACUGCGAGAAGAGCUUCCGACAAAGCUCCCACCUGGUCCAGCACCAGCGCAUCCACACGGGCCAGAAGCCCUACAAGUGCAGCGAGUGUGGGAAGAGCUUUGUUCUCAGCUACAACCUAAUCGAUCACCAGCGCAUCCACACUGGUGAGCGCCCUACCAGAGGCGAGCGGCCCUACCAGUGCACCGAGUGCGGGAAGAGCUUCAACCGCAAUUACACCCUGGUGAAGCAUUUCCGCACCCACAUCGGGGAGCAGCCCUUUAUCUGCAGUGAGUGCGGGAGGAGUUUCAGCCUGGGCUCCUUCGCCCAGCACGUCCGCACCCACACGGGCGAGAAGCCCUACAGCUGCGCUGAGUGCGGCAAAAGCUUCAGCAGCAGCUCCAACCUGAGCCAGCACCGGCGCAUCCACACCGGGGAGAAGCCCUACAGCUGCAACCACUGCGGGAAAAGCUUCAGCCAGAGCUCCAACCUCAUCAAGCACCGGCGCAUUCACACCGGGGAGAGGCCCUACAGCUGCCCCGAGUGUGGCAAGACCUUCAACCAGAGCUCCUCGCUCAUGCAGCACAGGCGCAUCCACCGCGCAGAGAGACCCUAUAAAUGCCCCAAAUGUGGGAAAAGCUUCACCCAGAGCUCUAUGCUCAUCCGCCAUGAGAGAUCCCACACAGGAGAGAAACCUUACACGUGCUCUGUCUGCGGGAAGAGUUUCAGUCAGAGGUCCAAUCACACGCAGCAUCAGAGGAUCCACACUGGGGAGCGACCCUACAAAUGCACCGACUGUGGGAAGAGCUUCUCUUUGAGCUCCCGCCUGCUCCAGCAUCAGAUGGUCCAUACCGGAGAGCGGCCCUACAAAUGUCCCGACUGUGGGAAGAGUUUCAACCAGAACUCACACCUAAUUAGACACCAAGUCACCCACACGGGAGAGCGACCGUAUAAAUGCUCUGACUGCGGGAGAAGUUUCUCGCUGAGUUCUCACCUCAUCCGGCACCAGACAGUCCACACGGAGGAUAAGCCCUACCUCUGCACUGAGUGCGGGAAGAGUUUUAGCCUCAGCUCCAGGCUCGAUAGGCACCUGAGAACCCACACGGGCGAGAGACCCUAUAAAUGCCCCAACUGUGGGAGUGGCUUCGUUGACAGUUCAGCACUUAUUAAGCACCAGAGAAUUCACACCGGGGAGCGACCAUAUACCUGCCCCGAAUGUGGGAAGAGCUUUGGUCGGAGCUCAUACCUUAUCACCCACCAGAGAACCCAUACAGGAGAGAGACCUUACAAAUGUCCCGACUGUGGGAAAAGCUUCGUCGGCAGCUCUGAUCUUAAUAAACACCAGCGCAUCCACACGGGAGAGCGCCCCUAUCACUGUCCUGACUGUGGGAAGAGCUUUAGUCGGAGCUCAAACCUUAUUGCCCAUCAGAGAAUCCACACGCGUUCCUUCACUCCUGUUUAGGGAUGUGGUUACAGGGAUUUUGAAUACUGGCAUUAAAGGUGUUGUGGGGGGGUAUUUAUCUGCAGUGUUCCCUGUGAACUUGGGUGACCACCCAAUAGAGAUUCAAAUGCUGACAGCAUGUGUGUGUGUUUGGUGGUGCACAUCUGCACAGUCUUGGUGUGCACAACAAAAUUUAUUCUGCUCAUGGAUGGAAAAAAUAGAGGGAACAUGGUUUAUCUAAUCACUUGGCUCCCUCUUAUUUCCAACUUUGCUAGUGCCUUGUUCAUCUUGUGCUACAUACUGUGUUUUAAUAUGGUUAAAUGCAAAUGUAUACAUCUGGGAACAAAGAAAGUUGGCCCUACAUACAGGAUGGGGAACUCUGUCCUGCGAAUCAUGGUGGAUAAUUAGCUCAACAUGAGCUCUCAGUGCAAUGCUGUGGCCAAAAGAUCUAAUGCAAUCCUGGGAUGCAUCAACAGGGGAAUUUUAAAUGGGAGCACAGAAGUUAUUGUCCCUCGAUAUUAGACAUUCUUGCAACCACUGCAGGAAUCCUGUGUCCAGUUUUGGUACUUACAAUUCAGGAAAGAUGUUGAUAAAUUGGAGAGGGGUCAGAGAAGAGCCAUAAAAAUGAUUAAAGGCUUAGAAAACUGCCUCAUAGUGAUGGACUCAAGGAGGUUCAUCUAUUUAGCUGAAUAAAGAAGGUUAUGAGGUGACUUGAUCAGUCCAUACAUCACUCCAUAAGGAAAAAUAUUUAAUAAUGGAGCUUUCAGUCUAGCAAACAAAGGUCUAACAUGAUCCAGUGUCUGGAAGUUGAAGGUAGGCAAACAGACUGAAAAUAAGACAUGAUUUUCUUAAUGGUGAGAGUAAUUAACCGUUGGAGAACUGACCAAAGGCUGUCACUGACAAUUUUUGAAUCAAGUUUGGAUGUUUUUCUAAAAACUCUGCUCUAGGAAUUAUUUUGGGGGAACCACUCUGGACUAUGCUACGCAGGGGGUCAGAGUAGAGCAGCAGGGGGCAGCCUCUGGUCUCCCAACCACAUGUAGCCCAUCAGCAUUGUAUGUGGGGACCACCCAACCUCCCUCUGCCCCCUACGUCUCUUGCAUGCAGGGUGCCCUGCGAUCACCUGCUUCUCGCUUCUCCCCCUCCCUCCCAGCACUUCCAGAGCACUGUGAAUCACCUGAUUCCCAGCUGUUCAAGCUCCAGGAGAGAGGGGAGGAGGGGGAAUGGGGUGUGAAUCAGAGGAGUCACAGCACUCUGGAAAUGCUGGGAGGAGGAGGAGAGGGGACAGGGGAAGAGGCAGUAAAGAGACCAAGUGAGGACUUGAGGAAAGGAGUGGGGGAGGGAGAGGUUUGAGCAACCCCUGGCAAAUGAGAAGUGACACACUUUCAAAGCAAGGGCGCGUGUGAGGUACAGGCUGAUUGCACACAACGUUGUGAGAGCCGUGCGCACCCUCUGCUUCUUUAUGUUACUUUGGCCAGCAACUUAAUUUCCUCUAAAAAUGGAUCACUUAAAAUCGAAAAGGCAUGGUAAAGAAGGAGAAUUAAGUGUAAUGUUUUUCAUCUUAUUUUUGGAAUUACAGUUAAUGCAUGUGCCCAAUUUCAAUCUUGUGGUGCACUGAGAUAAAGGGGGGCACUCAUGCAGCCCACUCACUAGCUUGGGUUGCCCAUUGCUGCUGGACUACAUAAACACAAAGGCUACGUCGA